AUGGGCCUUGUUGCUGGAAGGCUAGCAGGACUUUCCGAUCUUCGGGAGGACGGCAAAGUCACCGGACCCCGGUACUACCCCUCGCUUUCCCAGACCCUUCGGAACACCCGUGGACGAGAACUGCUGCGUAUUGUUGACACAGCAGUGCCAAAUCUGCAGAGCGAGCAGGAGUUCUUAGUCAUUCUGAAGGCGCUGGCGCUGGAUGGCCAGUUCCGAAGAGCCCUUCGCCUGAUGAGGGAGAUGAAAGAUUUGGGCCUCGAGUUAGACAUUGUCAAGUAUAACUGGGUCCUCAGCGCCAUGGCCAAAGACAAACAGGUGGAGCGGGCCCUGGCGAUGUUGGAGGAGAUGAGAGGGGUGACGGUCAGCCCAGAUCUUCAAAGCUACAAUCAUUGUGCAGGCGCAUGCAAACCGAAGGAAUGGCAGGAGUCGCUCCACAUCCUGCGGACUCUCAUGCCAGCUGCUGGCGUUGAAGCUGAUGCUCAAAGUUUUGAGCACGUGGCAGCUGCAUGUGAAGAAGCCCACGAGUGGCAGAGAUCUCUGUCCCUCUUCAUGGAGAUCGGUGAGCAGGGGCUUUUUGCCAGCUCUGUUGGCCACAACUAUGCUUUGUCAGCAUGCCGCCAGGGCAAACAGUGGAAGCAUGGGCUUGAGAUUAUGGACAUGAUGAAACAGAGGAGCUUCGAGCCGGACUUCCGCCUGAAGAUGGAUUUGGAGGCGCAGUCACGUGGAUUGGAGCGAGCUCCACCUCCGGAGCCAAGCAGCCGAUCCAUGCCCUCUCCUGACAAUGUCUGGCAGCGGAAGCAGCAAUUGCGAGAGCUGCGGGAGCAGGACAAGCGUCGGCAGGAGGAGCGGCGUCUCGAAGAGGAGCGGCAGAAGCGACUGCGCGAUGCACAUUCGACACCUGCAGAGGCGUCGAAACCAGAGAACACUGAGGAGAGCCCGAAGAUCCAGGAGCGAAAGCCUGAGCCGGAGCCGGCUCCGGUUGCAAAUGUUGAAAGUCCCAAGGCCAAGGCCUCCAAAGCAACUGAGCGGCCCCAGACGGGAACCGGAGCCGGUGGAGCGACUGGAGAGGCAGAGGCCCAGGCCCAAUCUCGCAAGGUCGAGGCCGAAGUUUCUCGAGAAGAGAGGCGUCCGAAGGAGCGUGACCGGCGGGAGAGCCCGACCCCGCGCAGGGAUCCUAAAAGGCCGAAGCUACGGUCUCCUGGCUCCUACGUCCUCCCCGUUUUUGCGCAGCACGAUCGGUCAAACCAUGCCGAGAGGCAAGCGCUAAUCAAAGUCAUUGCCCGAGUGCAAGAGGCAUCUGGUGCAAAAACUGAUGCCGAAUUUGAGGCGGAGUGUGCAGAAGUCACCGGCACUGUCCGAUUGUAUGCAUCACACACACCUUGCAUCUCCUGCAUGGCAUGCUUCUGCCAAUUCCAGCGCUUGUUUCCCAAAGUCAAGCUGUGUGUCGACUUUGAUGACUGGCGGGACACCCGCCGCAUGGUUGAGAUGGCUCGCAGAGAGGAGGAGCACAAGAAGCGUGGCUCUACCCCUCCAGAUUACGAUUGUGCUGGCUUGUCUGACAUGUCGGACGAAGAAGAACCAGAUUGUUUGGAGACAGUGCCGCAAGCCGGCUCGGUAGCUUCAGCAGCUCCGUAA